GCGAUGGACACAUCUUGUUGUCAUUUGUUCGACAUCGUCCGGCGAUUCCACGUAUCAGUCUCAACUCAACGAUGAACGCAUCUGAAGCCCAAGCUUCUGCUUCUAGCAGUAAAGAUGGACUUGCUUCGGAGCACAACCCGCAUACUCAACCCAUCGUCGGAAUCAUCGGUAUGGGAGAUAUGGGUAGGAUGUACGCAAAGCGUCUUUCAGCGGGAGGCAUCAAGACUAUUUACGUAUGCGAUGUUGAGGAGAAAUAUCCAGCUUUAAUGGAAGAGUUCAAGGGAACCGGCAUCACCCCCUUACUCAACGGUCACGCGGUGUCGAGAUUGUCAGACCUCAUCAUUUACUCUGUCGAAGCGGUCCAUCUGGCUAAAGCCGUACAAAUCUACGGGCCAUCCACAAAGGUCGGCGCGACUGUCGCUGGUCAGACGAGCGUCAAGGCACCUGAGAAAGAAGCAUUCGAAAAGUAUUUACCGCAAGACGUCGAUAUAGUCUCCAUCCAUAGUUUGCAUGGACCAACAGUGACCACAGAGGGACAGCCAUUAAUCAUCAUUCAUCAUCGUGGGCCUGAAUCCAAAGUCCGUCUCGUAGAAUCUACCUUUGCGAGCUUCAAAUCUCGAUACGUGCAUCUCUCCUACGAGCAACAUGAUGAAGUCACUGCGAACACUCAAGCAGUGACCCAUGCGGCAUUUCUAAGUAUGGGUACAGCCUGGCGACACUCCACGACCUAUCCUUGGGAGACGACACGCUAUGUAUCCGGUAUAGAGGUCGUCAAAGUCAAUAUCACACUCCGUAUCUAUUCUGCCAAAUGGCACGUUUACGCGGGCCUGGCCAUGUUGAACCCAUCGGCUCAAAGACAAAUACAUCAGUACGCAUUGAGCGUGACCGAGUUGUUCAAGUUGAUGGUGGAGGGUUUGGAGGAACAGCUCGCAAACCGUGUAUGGGAAGCUAGGGAAAAAGUCUUUGGGUGGUCAAAGGAUGAAGAGGGAGGCGGCGAGGCAAGCUCGGGAAACGAUAACGGGCCCAGCAUCAGUACUUCGAGCCGCAGAAGAGGCCCGAUCUUGCUGAGCGAAGACGUCCUCGAUCAAUUCUCAUUAGGCCAGAAACCUGAUUCAGCGGCUGGUCCCAAUGGGAGAGACAGAGGAGGAAACUCGCCAAACUCUCAACUGAGUCUUUUGGCCAUGGUGGAUUGUUGGGCCAAACUCGGAAUCAGACCUUUUGAACAUCUGGAAGUGGCGGGGACACCCGUAUUCAUGUUGUGGAUUGGCGUCGCCGAAUACCUGUUUCGAUCUCGCUCGCUCGUCGCGUCUGCCAUCUCCGCAGCCCUGAACGAUCGGAUACAUCGACCUGACGAUGUGGAGUUCUGUAUGGCUGCGAGAGGAUGGUCAGAAUGCGCGUCAUUUGGAAACUUUGAUCUGUACAAGAGACGAUUCGAAGAGACAGCAGACUUUUUCCGACCUCGAUUUGAACAAGCUACUCAGUUGGGAGGGAAGAUGAUCAAGGCUAUACAGGAUGCACAGGGACGAAGAUGAGGCAAGCAAGCCAGUCGGCUUGUGCUGUACGACUAUCGCGUGUGUACAUAGAUACACGACAUGCUGGCUGCAAGCCAAAUAUGUGUGUGGCCUGAUGUGUGAAAUUCGUGCUUCAAGCAUGGUGAAAGGAAAAAUUUAGACAACAAGAGGCGUUUGUUGCCCCUACCUGUGGCCUGCCUGCUACGACCUGAAGCGUUAUUAGAGGCGCAGAAGAGGACUCCUGAAUGACAGGGACCCAAGAAGCACUUGUAGACUCCCGUGUACAUGCAUGAUUUCGACCCCC